CACUUUUCAAGCUUUAUCGCUCUAGCACAAUUUCUAAUCAUAAGAUGCGCCAUGAACAUUCAACCAGAAAAACAAACACAACUUUACAAUAAUCCAACAAUAUUUAUUUUCCUAAUACAAGGUUGGAGAACUAAUUCCAAUUCCAACCCCAAUCCCAUCAUCAACUUGUAAACCAAGGUCGUCAGGAUGAUUCGUCAUAAUCGUUGUCGCCUUCUCGCGACAAUUGCUCGUCAAAGUCGAAGCCAUCCCACAUUCCCACGACCCAUUACCGCAUUCACAUCCACACGUCAAGAAAGUACCAUGUCAAGACCAAUACACAAGGACUCGCACAAAGCCCGAGUCUGGACCCGAUACUACUCGGCGUCCGACCCAAACACAGCAGCGCCACCACGAAAAGCGCCGUCCACAAAAUCGCCCCGCCCCGAAAAGCCCGACUAUCUCAACGACGCCGAAACAGCCAUAUGGGAGAAGCUUAUGGCCGAAUUCUCCCCCACCGAGCUCGUAGUGCAAGAUAUAUCAGGCGGCUGUGGCUCUAUGUACGGAAUUGAGAUCUCUUCGGAGAAGUUCCGCGGCGUCAACAUGCUUAAGCAACAGCGAAUGGUUAAUGCCGUGCUAGGCGAUCAGAUGAAGACCUGGCACGGUGUCCAACUGCGCACCAAGAUCCCUUGAUCCAAUAAUUGAGCUACGAAAUACGAGAUACGAAUCAAGAGAAUAAGCAUCGACGGAUGAGGACAAAAACAAAAAAAACUGGAGUGGAAUGGCUAUAUACCUACCUACCCAAUCAGAGGGAAAACAUGGGGUUGGGAAGACUUGUGACUUCCAAUUAAUGACUACUUGUAUGAGCAUUGGAGUCUUCAUGGAUACGCAAAGCAUUGGCAGGUUUUCUAUUAUACUGUAUUGUACAUGUGUACCUAAUAGUAUAUUCGCUGAACGUUGUACAAUACAUACCUACCUACCUACCUUAUGCAUGUACCUACUUUCGAGGCACUCCACUACACCAAAAUGAAGAUUGACCCAUCA